UGUCGAGUUCCCGAAGUCUGACUCCUUCUGGGCCAUUCUCAAUAACAAAUAUGUGUUCAUUAAGACCACCUUCGGUAUCAUCUCCAGGCAUGGCAUUAGGUCUUUCACAGGACACAUUCACGUAUGAAGAACUAAAAAUAGCAACAAACGGUUUCUCCAAUCUCAACCUACUUGGCCAAGGUGGUUUUGGCUAUGUUCAUAGAGGAGUACUUUCGAGCGGGAAAGUAGUUGCAAUCAAACAGUUAAAAGCUGAAAGCAGACAAGGGGAGAGGGAAUUUCAAGCAGAGGUCGAGAUCAUUAGCCGCAUCCAUCAUAGACACCUUGUUGAACUUGUUGGUUACUGCAUUUCUGGUACUCAUAGAAUUUUGGUAUAUGAGUUUGUUCCAAAUAGCACGUUGGAAUUUCAUCUGCACGGGAAGGAUCGCCCAACUAUGACCUGGCCUAUAAGGAUGAAGAUUGCUUUAGGUUCUGCAAGGGGAUUGGCAUAUCUGCAUGAGGAAUGUAAUCCCAAAGUCAUUCACCGUGACAUCAAGGCUGCUAAUAUUCUUCUGGAAUCUAAUUUUGAGGCGAAGGUUGCAGAUUUUGGACUUGCAAAGUUUGCUUCUGAUACAGAUACUCAUGUAUCCACUCGAGUAAUGGGAACUUUUGGUUACUUGGCUCCAGAGUAUGCCUCUAGUGGGAAUCUCACUGAGAAAGCAGAUGUUUUUUCUUUUGGUGUUGUGCUUCUAGAGUUUAUAAGCGGGCGUCGUCCGGUUGACAGAACUCGACCCUUUGCUGAGGAUAGCAUGGUUGAUUGGGUAGUUCGAGCAUUGGAAGGAAACCUUUCUCUGAAUGAUUUAAAUGAAGGAAUUAUGCCAGGACACAGUAGAGUAUAUAGUCGUUGUCAAAGCUUAGAUUAUGAAACCAGCCAAGACCAGGAGGAUUCAAAGAAAUUCGGGAUGAUGGCCCUGGAAAGCCAAGAACAAGCCACAAGUGAGUUCAGUGGCCACAACAGCGAGGAUGGCCUUCAACCAUCUAUUAAUACGAAUAUGGCAGAGGAUGGUCAUCAAGCUAGUAGAGGCUCUUAAUAUUAAUAGGAAUUGAGAGGACAAACCCUACUUCCACAAUUCCAUGCACUUUGACGUAGGGCCACGCGUUCGCAAUUGUUAUUUAUAUAUAGAAAUGGAUUAGAUUUGGGAAAGGCAAAAAGCGCAUCAGAUUUCGUUAUGUCUAUGUUGUUGAUUUGAGUAGUAUAGUUUGAGGUAUU